GACAAUACAGCCCGAAGAGAAUGCACUAGUGCGAUACUCGAACAUUGCUCCGAAGUCACAGGGUCAAAGCGAAAGCGGGCGCCAAAAUCAGACCUGCUCACUAAUUUGACAAUCGGCGGGGCUUAUUCCCGGCUUACUCAAAUACUCGAUCAGUCUAUGUUUACCUCUAUUGUUUUGGCACCCUGGAGACUGGAAGUCAUAUUUACCUGUUCACCAGGCUCGAAAAUGUCCCUCCAUAUCGCUGUUGUCCGCUCAAGAAGGAUGCGAUCCCUGAAGAGUCAAUGCCGCAAUGUUCCUUGGCAAGACAUAACUCCUCUCACUAUCAUCACAGAGCAAAUCAGCAUCAAUCUUGCCUUCAAGUCAAAGGGAUCCAUGUGGAAUGGCAUGGCAGCUGAACUACACAAAAGGGGCAAUCAUCUCGCCUCGACCUUUCUAGAGGCUGCCUUCACUGGUUUCCAAUAUCCUUCUGCUGGCCCUCGGGUCCCAAACUUAGAAAGUCUGACGGACGCGUUUGAAACCCGUUGCACUGGAGGCGUUGUGAUUGGAGGGGUAUCAAAAGGGUCUUGUUAUCCUGGCAGAGGCACUACUUUCAUAGUCAAUCCCAGAGACCGGCCGGCGCCGAGUACAUCCAGUCUUCAAUCAGGUACCUCACGUUUCUACUCCGCAGAAUAUUUUAGAGUAUCAAAAUUGUACUGGAGGGAUAGCUCCCUCGUAUUCCUAGAGCCAGCACGUCAAUCCUACCCUAAUCUAAAGCUUUGGGUCCGAGUCUCAGACACUUGGAAAGCUUGGAUGCGACGGGUUGGCCCGCGUUUGCGGGUGACAGCGGGAACCAACAUCAGCACCCCCUUCUUAACUUGGCUGGAAGGCUCGAUCUCGGAUUUUUCGCAUGAGUCACUUUCAUGCGACCAAAUUACGAAAGUUCAAACCUCAAACAGUGGCAUCAUCUCAGAUAAGUGAGCGCGCCAUUUCAAUAAAUGCGGCCACCAAUGGGGUGAUUGACAAUGCUUUCAUUUCUAAUGUAAACAUCUGGGAGAAGACCAAGCGUCAAACAGCCACCUGAAGCUGAUGGUAAUAUAAGUGACUGGAUUGUAUUCUUGACCCA